CCGGAAGUACGGUGGAGCGCUGACUGGGUGCUCGGGGGCCUCGGUCUGCGGCGUGAAGCGGUCGCCGGGCGGGGGGUUCGGUCGCCGGGCGGGGGCGGGACGCGGGAGCCAUGGCGCUGAAAACAGGAAAAGUCGGAACAAAAGGCAAGAAGCAGAUUUUUGAAGAGAACAAGGAGACGCUGAAAUUCUAUCUGAGGAUUAUUCUGGGAGCUAAUGCUAUUUAUGGAGCAAUGAACCUCUUCCUUUUCUAUAGUUCAGUCACAUUCUGGACCUGGGGAUUUCUGGGCUUCGCCCUGAUUGUCUACAGCUUCAGCUACCGUUGGAUGCAAGGAAUGGCCCAGCCUGUGUUCUCCAGUGACAACACCCUGCUGGAUGGGGGCAUUGAUCUGAACAUGGAGCAGGGUAUGGCAGAGCAUUUGAAGGACGUCAUUUUGCUUACUGCCAUUCUACAGGUCCUCAGCUGCAUGUCAAUGUACUUCUGGUACCUAUGGGUCUUAGCACCAGGGAGAGCUCUCUACCUACUGUGGGUGAAUAUCCUUGGACCCUGGUUUACUGCAGAACCUCCCACAAACCCAGAAGUAUCUGAAAAGAAACAGAGGAGGCAAGAGCGACGACAGAUGAGGAAGCUGCAGUAGGGGACAGAGCUGUUCCCAGACCCUUGUUUACAGAUCGAUUACAGGAAGCUAGUCACCUCCUCCCCCUCCUCCUGUUGUCAAGGUUCCCAGCCACUGCCUCCUGUUGGAGCCCUGUCUGCUCUGGGAAACACUUGCUGAUUCUACACUACAGUCCCCACACUUCUACGCUGCAUUUAUUCCCAGCCUAAGGAGAGCUGCCUUGGGCGAUGUUGGGCACACUCGAUCCUCUAUGGUUGGGUGUUGCUCAAGCUUCAAAUCCUGCCUUGUUGUGUCACUGAACCAGUGGGUACAUCCAAGGCAGAAGUGUUAACGUUUGUGAGCGAAACCUCCUUGGCAGUGAAUCACUACCUCACGUUGCAGUUUCUGUCAGCUGGCCCCUGUGGUUGUUCACUGCAGUCCUCCUCCCCAACUCCUCAGCUACUCACUUCUUCACUGGGACAUAUUUCCUCAGAUGUCGGUCAUCUUUUGGGACUAGACGCGACCAAACAUUGCUAACGUGAAACCCUCGGCCGAAGAAGAACCAUGGACGAACUGGACUCUACUCCGCGUCUACUUUCCACAGCAGAGCCUGAGUGUGGGAUUGUUGGUGCCAAUCGAGACUCAUCUCUGACCCAGCUGAACUCCAGUGAAACCCACGGUCAGUGAUCCAACCCAGAGCCUAUCGCUCCGUGACCAGGAACCUGAGUUUGGAGCUGCCUGCGUUUGCUGAAGAUCCUUAGCUUUUGCCAAUACCGCCUAGUGAUGUGUCAUUACUACAGCAACUGUAUGCCUCCUGAUUGCACCCCCAGCCGCCUUCGUCCCACCCUCCCUACACACAGCAAUGUGCACAUACACGUCACCAACUGCGAGUUGGCGCACCUGUUUGCUCAGGGUGUGUGGUCCAGAGCCCCAGUUCUCCACAUGUGGAGCUGAGUAAAGAAUAGGAACGGCAAUAUGUCCUUCAGCUUCUGCAGCCCCUUCCAGCAUUCAGUCUAAUCAUGGUGAACUGUAACUCCACACACUACUUUAGCUCUACUUCCCACAGUUUCCUUGGCUAGCAAAAUCCUAUCAGUAUUGACUUUUAAAGUGAGUUAGUGCCUACUUUGUAGUAGAAAGUGCCUCACUUCUAAAUACCCUGAUUUUGAUUUUUUUUAGAUUAUGAUCCUGCCCCCGCCCCCCCCCCCCCCCCAUCCCCGGUGUUUUGUGUGAUUGGAAAGGUUUCCAAAUAGAUCCUAUCAAAUCAUUUCAAGUUCUAAAAAACUGUAAUAUAAUUCUUAUUACAGUAAAUUCAGGUAUAAUUUGUAAUAGCUCUUCAAAAUGUAACUCCUGGAAUUCUGGCAACCUACUGCUGACAUGAGGCAGGGCUGACACCCUCAAUCUAUCCUCCCCCCGCCCCCCGCAGGACUUGUUUUCUUAACGCACCUCCCCUUAGUUGUCCACGACUCAGUUGGUUGAACUCUCACGACUCACAAAGUCUUACUGCGGAAACACGAGCCUAAAAUCUCAGCGGACGCUGCAGCGUCAGUCCGAGUGAUUGAUGCACUGUCAGGAGAUGGCGUGCCUCCAGUGAGACAGCAUAUUGGUGAAAGAACCCAAGGCAUUAUUAUGGCAAGAGUAGGAGAAUUAUCCUGGAUAUUUAUCUCGCAAAGAUGUCACCAAAGCAGAUUCUGGUCAUUACCUUAUUGCUGUAUGUGAGAGCUCGCUGCAUGCCUAUAUUUUUACAUUGAAACAAUACUUUCACUGAGUACUUCAUUGACUCUGCCAUCCUGAGACCAUGAAAGGCACUAUAUAAAUGCACAGCUGUCUUCACGUGAAUGAAUUCCUCUGCUGCAAGUCUUAAUAUCACCACGGGAUAAUCAUGUGUCCUUUAUUCAGACACUGAGCUCUGCAGAGUUCUACAGCUGCAGGGACCGUGUGUUGGAAAAGCCGCAGGGCAGGAUUUGCACAAGAACCAAAGGUUUUCACAUUAACACAUCAACGUCUUAAUGCGUCGCCUGAAGUGGCAAACAAGCGAGGAAGCAGUGGCUGCGUGGGUCAACAGUCACCACUGAAAGACUUCGAUCUCUAUUUACUGUAUUACAUCUGUGACAAUUAAUUUAAGGUUUUAUUAAAAUGAAGCAAUCAAUUUACAAAAUCAAAUAUUGAAUAAAUACUAUAUAAUGUG